CAACAAUAUCCUUCCAACCUGAACUACACGCAGACUUUGACCAUCAUAACUCGACCAGAACCACUGAGUGAUGACUUCCACCAGGCGCAGAGAGUCGGUUUGCAGGAGUCUGUUUGGCCCGGUGGACCACGAGCAGCUGCGCCGGGACUUGACGCUGAAGCUGAGGGAGAUGACUGAGCAGGACAGCCGCCGCUGGAACUUUAACUUCCAGGCUGACGUGCCUCUUCUCGGCAGGUUCGAGUGGGAGGAGAUGCCCGCGGACCGCGCUGCCGCUUUCUAUCAGGAGUCCGCACAGCUGAAGGACGCGCUCGGCCGUCCCAACACUGAGGAUGACGACAGGCUGAGCGACCGUGAAGGGAGCGCGGGGGCCGACCAGGAGAACUGCUCCCGCAUCUCCAACACGCGCAAGUGUCCCGCUGAAGUGACGCCCGUCCGGAGGAAGAGGACGCUCUCCAAGGCGGCGGCGGCGGCGAAGCCCAGAGACAACGCGCGAAUUACAGACUUUUUCCCGAAGAGAAGGAGGACGACAGAGACCAAGAGCAUCCUGAAUCCUCCCCACACAAGUUCCUCUGAAGCAGCUCUGUGCAAAACUAUAAGAUGAAGCUGCUGCUGAAAAUGGAAAUUAUUUAUAUUUCUACAGUAAUUUUCAUGGACUGAACCAAAGCCCAUUCACUGCACCAACGGGAUUUUAUUUUAUUUUAUUUUAUUUAUUUUAAUUAUCUUUUCAGUUGUAUCAUUUGUGCCUGACAUGACAAAGUGUUAUUUAUUUUAUUUAUGGAAACUUUUUUUUUUUUUUAUUUAAUGUGUUUUCAUUUUCUUCACCAGUGACGUCACAAGUGUGUUUGUUAACUUAUCCAGUUGUGUGUUUUUUUUUUUUUUUAAUUU